UUGGGGAUAACUGGGAGUUCGAAAUAGGGGUCAGGUUCUCACGAACACAAACGCACCCGCGGCACCCUCCGACAGCGUCAACAAAACAACAACAGACACUCCUGUUGCUACUAGCUAGCUAGUACCAGAGACCUCCGAGAGCCGAGUGGGCACUCUCAUCGGCAGUUGUUGCUGUUUAGAAAAGCAGUCGAUUGUCUUCCGUUUAGCCAUGUUAUCUCUGCGCCCUGCACUCCGCACGGUUGCCCUUGCCCGCCAUUUGCCAGCAUCUCAAGCUGUGGCGUUUCGAGGUUGGAUGCAAAAGCAUCCCUUCUCAUCGAAAGACGUUGUUGAACAGGGAGAUGAGGAAGAAGAUGCUGUUGCCAUUGUGCAGAGCCGCCGUGAUGAUUUAACUGGUAAAGGAAAGCAUCUUGUGUGGGAAAGCCGUGAUCAGCUUCCAGCAGCGCCUCUGCCAGAAGAUCCAAAAGAGCUCUUGGCACUCGAUCCUGCUGAUACUGUAUCCAGACUCAAGGCUGAUGGAACGGAUCGCUUCGCUUUUAUUCGUCAAGACAAGGCCAAUGUUAAGCAAUCUCCACUCAACGAUGAGAAAAAGUGGAGAAUUUCCUUUGUGGAAGAUGGACUUGCUGGAGAGAAAUGGGAGAAUUCGCUCAUGGGCUGGACAAGCAGUGCCGACCCAUAUCAGUCGGAACCGCCUCUCGUUUUUGAGAAUGCUCUCGAUGCUGUGUAUUUUGCAAAAAAGAGAGGAUGGAACUACAUUGUGAAAGAGCCCAUCAUGAGGCAAGUACGCGAUGAUGGGGCUCAGUACCAGGACAAUUUCUUGCCUCAAGCCGUUGCCGCCCGGGUAGCCAAAGAACGGACUCAGUGCGACCAAUGGAAGCGUGAAGCGGCUGGUGCCUCCCACUACUACCGCCCCCUCCGAUACCAUGGCCAGGGUGUUGUGCCCCAGUAUGGAACGAAUCCUGAUGCGGAUAGUGCCCCCCCUGUGGAAAGUUACUACAAGCUGAGGUGAUCAUAUAGUUGGUUUGUUGUAGGCAAACAAAUGAGGCGAAGGUCUUAGAUUGAUUUUCCGUCAUCUGGAUUCUUAGUCAUACUAUUCGUAAAACAUUGAUAGGAGAUUGCUUAAUUUCUUAGUCUCUCCUUAUCGAGUGGGU